AUGAAAUUUUUAUCGUUGGUAAUCUUCCUAGUUGUGCUGCUGUUAGGAAUUGCUAAUAAUAUUGGAGCUAACACAGAGUUUCAUCGAUUUAAACGUGAUCCAAAAAAUCCAACAGAAUGUGAAAAAGGAUGCAAAACAAAAUAUAAACAUAAAGAAUAUUACAAUUGUAUCGUUAAGGAGUGCAAAUAUAACCCUCAUCGGAGGAUGUAA